CAUCAUGGCUAUUGAUCCACUCCAAAAGGCUUUGUGCUUCUGAGGAAUGAGAGUCAAGUACUUGAGAAGGACCAUUUGGAUGAGUUCCCAUCCAGAGCUGAAAAACAAAGUGAUAAUAGAUUUGACCUACCAAAAGAUUUAUUACCUGCUGGUACCUCCCAUCGUAGAGUUUUUGUCGCUCACAUUGAGAUUUUCAAAAUGGCCGACGACGUCCCUUCAAGAGAUGUCUUGAUAGCAGCUCAUUUUAAAGGUUUUUUUAUUGUAAUUGCGAGAAAUACAGUCAUGUUGCCUUCACUUGCAAACAUAACAGACCAGUCAACUCUCAAGAGUCUACUGAACCAGCUUCUACUCUCUGGAAUGUCUAUACCCCAUGAAAACCAGAGCAUUGACUACAGAAGACUGCAGGAGGAGCUCCUAAGAAGUAGUCAAGAUACAAGGGGUUCUGAUGGAGCAGGGAGUGGUGGGUUUGCAUAUCGAGAUUCAAGAGAUAUGAAUAGUCAGUAUGGCAGAGAAAAGUAUGGUUUGAAUCAGAAGAGAGAUUACCAGGAUGAUAGAAGUGAUAGAAGUGAUCAAGACAGGUCUAAUUUCUUUGGGGGUGCUCUUGAAAGAAAGGAAACCAUUGAUUACACAGACAGAUGGCAGCAGCAGUCAGCAGACUUUGAUAAGGAAUGGGAGAACAGAAGACAGGAAAUGAUGGGAAUAAGAGAUGGAAUUAGAAAAACAAGACCAGAUGAUCUUAACAGGGAUAGGGAUGUAAGAGGUUCUUCAUUUUUCAACACGUCUCUAGCCCCAACUAAUAUCCUGUCAAACUUACAGUUACCGAUCACUUUGGGAUCAAAUCAAGAAAGUAACCAUGGCAACAUGGGGUCAGAUCUGUGGCCUGUGUCCAGUGAACAAUUAUCUAUGGGUUACAUGUAUGGAAUGAAGAAUAAUGUCUUAGGAUUAGACUCUACCAGCACACGACCAGUCAUCAGUGCUUUUGACCCACCCCUUCCAAACGCACCUAAACCUAACACGUCAGAAAAGCCUGAAGGCUGUCAUACUAUAUUUAUUGGUGGGUUACCUGAAUCAGUUACAGAAGAAAUCAUCACAGAAAUAUUCUCCAUGUGUGGCACGAUACAAUCAAUAAGAAUUUCACCAGGAAAAUUAGGAAAGAAUUUCUGUCAUGUGAGAUUUAUGGAUCCACAUUCAGUAGAUAUGGCAUUAGGCUAUUCUGGUUAUAGACUAGUCAUAACUAGCGAAGGCCAAAUGUCUGGUGGGCGCAUCCAUGUUGAUUAUGCUAAAUCAAGAGAGGAUGAGAAAGAGUAUGAAAGAAUUUUGAGAGCAAAAGCCAGGGAAGUGCGACACCAAUCUGAAAUGGAAGAAAAACGGGUGAUAUUCUCAGAACGGUCAGCUGCUGAUCUUAUGAAGAGUAUCCGAUCAGAUUCUGGAUUCUUUGAAUCUUUUUCAACCCUGAUCCAGUGGCUGGAGAGAGGUGAAUGCACCAGAAAGAAUUCCUCAACAUUUUAUAACCUUCUUAGUUCAGUUCAUAGUCAUGUGAGAAGACUUAUCCGAGAAAAGAGGGAACAUGAGGAGACUGUAGAGAGACAAAAGCAAGAACAGCUAGAGAGAGUAAAGCUGAUUAUGAGCCAAGGUGCAUCUAUCUUGAAAGUAUUCAAUGCUGCAUCCAAGAAAAAGUGCUGGGAUCAUUUCAGCAAGGCUCAAAGACGAAACAUAACGGACUGGCACCAACAAGUAGACAAGGAAAUUAAAAUAAGUACGGAAGAACAGAUGGAAAAUCGUGUCGAGGUAGGUAUGGACAUAGAUGAUGAAGUUGGCCACAUUCAAAGUACAUCAGAAUACAGCCAGCCAGAAGAGGAGAAUUCUGGUGAACCAGUUGCCAAGCAAGCAAAACUUGAAGAACUCUCAGCUUCAGAAUCCGAAAAGACACAAUCAGAAGCAAGUCAAGAAGCAGUCAAAGGGGUUAACCAGACCUCCCUUGAUGCCACAGCUCAAGCAGCUCUCAAAGCUAAAGACAUAAAGUAUAGAGCUCAAGCUGCUGGCCUUAAGGCAUUGGCUGAAAAGAACACAUCUUUGAUGUGGCAGGUUGAAGGAUAUAAGAACGAAAUACUUUUACUAAAGCAAAAGUUUGCAAGUGUCUUUCAAGAGAAGGACCUUCAGAUUGCAAGACUUAUGACUGCUGUACAAGCUCUGCAGAAUUUCCUACAACACGUGAACCUCAAUACUAAUACUGCUAAAACCACACAUGUUGAAGUAGGAGUAACGCAGGAAAGGGGUGAUUUGGUUACAGAAAACGCCGAAGAAACCACAGAAGGAAUUGUGGUAGAAAACAAUGAAAGUGAUAAUGAAAGUACCGAGAUGGUUGACGCCGAAUCCACGUGGGAUGAGGAACACGAAACAGGAAACGGAAAUGAAGACCAGUCCAAGGAAAAUAAUAGUAGUGAAGAAGAAUUAGAGAGAGUGACGAAGGUGGAUGAAGAAAAGGGUGAUGAAGAAGUGGAAACAGGAAACGGAAAUGAAAACCAGUGUAAGGAAAAUAAUAGUAGUGAAGAAGAAUUAGAGAGAGUGACGAAGGUGGAUGAAGAAAAAAGUGAUGAAGAAGUGGAAACAACGGACAGGAACGAUGGAGAAGCCGCUGAAGAUGCGGAAAAGGAACCGGAAGAAGAAACAACAUUGGUUAACGAUAUUGGUGAAAAUACUCAAGUUAACAAAGAAACAGCAGACGUUAACGCUAGGUCAUCACCCAAUAUAGUCAAGCUGUCAUCCAGUGAAAUGGUCGUGGUGGGUUGUCUGUGUUCUUAUCUUCAAAUAUGUCCCUAUGGGGCCACAACUGACCAGGUGCUCAGUCAUAUCACACGACAAGUUUCCGGCGUGACCCCUGAAGAUUUGGAAAGGAUUUUGAAUGGCUUGCCGAUGUUAUUCUCUGGUGAUGGGCUGGACUUUAUGAGCAAAACCUGGAAAUUUAAUGUCUUGAAUAUGUAAAGAAAACAAAAGGAAAAUUAAUAAGCAAAAAUUGUUUUUUGCUUCCAAAAUUGACGCUCACAUUAAAAAAAAGUUAACCAAUUUUGGAUUUUAAGAAAGUGUACAUUCGCCAACUGAACUCCGAUUCCUUAAAAUCCCACUUUUUUGAAAUCGUAAGAACUGGAUAAAACCGCUGUAUUUCUGCGCAGACAAACCCUGUACUUAUUGUCACAAAGUUUUUUCAAUUAAAUUCAAUUAGUGCCCAGA